UUUUUUCUGUGACCGUAUUUUUCUUUGGCUUUUACUACGCGCUGAAUUAUUUGAACUCCACAAACCAAAUCCAAAAGCAAAAAUUUCUCUCUCUCGAGAGAUCCAUCUCGCUCUGCUUUUUCUCGUGUGAUCGGAAAAAAAAAUCAACAGUCAUCGAACGGAGUUGGAACUCGAUGGGAGACCGUGGAGGAGGAUGCUGCCCUCCGAUGGAUCUGUUCCGUUCGGAGGCGAUGCAAUUGGUCCAGCUCAUUAUCCCCAUGGAGUCCGCUCACCUCACCGUCUCUUACCUCGGCGACCUCGGUCUCAUUCAAUUCAAAGAUCUCAAUUCGGAUAAGAGUCCAUUUCAGCGAACUUAUGCUGCUCAGAUUAAAAGAUGCGGAGAGAUGGCACGCAAGUUGCGUUUUUUCAAGGAGCAAAUGCUAAAAGCGGGCUUCUCCCCUUCAGCAAAAUCCUUGGGAGAAACUAACAAUGGUUUUGAUGACUUAGAGGUGAAACUUGGAGAACUUGAGGCCGAACUGGUUGAAAUGAAUGCAAAUGGUGACAAGUUGCAACGUGGUUAUACUGAGCUGCUUGAGUAUAAGCUUGUUUUGCAAAAGGCUGGUGAGUUUUUUACUUCUGCUCAGCGCAGUGCUACAGCUCAGCAGAGAGAAAUGGAAUCACAGCAAAUGGGUGAUGAAACCCUAGAAACUCCUUUAUUGCGUGAGCAAGAAACCGCAACAGAUUUAUCAAAGCAAGUGAAAUUGGGGUUUAUUACUGGUCUUGUUCCUAGGGAAAAAUCUAUGGCAUUCGAGAGGAUUUUAUUUCGUGCAACCAGGGGUAAUGUGUUCCUCAAGCAAGUUCCUGCAGAGGAACCCAUCACUGAUCCUGUUUCUGGAGAGAAGAUGGAGAAAAAUGUAUUUGUGGUUUUCUACUCUGGAGAAAGGGCAAAAAACAAAAUUCUCAAGAUAUGUGAAGCUUUUGGUGCUAAUCGUUAUCCUUUUGCUGAGGACCUAGGCAAACAAGCUCUCAUGAUUACCGAGGUUUCUGGAAGAAUUUCAGAGCUAAAAACCACCAUAGAUGCUGGAUUGCUUCAACGGGACAAUCUAUUGCGGAAUAUUGGAGAUCAGUUUGAGCAAUGGAACCUUAAGGUGAAAAAGGAGAAAUCAAUCUAUCACACUCUGAACAUGCUUAGCCUUGACGUAACAAAGAAAUGUCUUGUGGCUGAGGGAUGGAGUCCCGUUUUUGCCACAAAACAGAUUCAGGAGGCACUGCAGAGGGCUGCAUUUGAUUCCAACUCUCAAGUUGGAGCCAUUUUCCAGGUCUUGCAUACAAGAGAAUCACCACCUACCUACUUCCGCACAAAUAAAUUUACUUCUGCUUUUCAGGAAAUUGUUGAUGCCUAUGGGGUGGCAAAGUAUCAAGAAGCAAAUCCCGGUGUAUACACUAUUGUUACAUUCCCUUUUCUUUUUGCUGUCAUGUUUGGUGAUUGGGGGCAUGGAAUAUGCUUAUUACUUGCAACAUUAUAUUUUAUUGUCCGGGAAAAGAAACUUUCUAGUCAGAAGCUUGGAGAUAUCACCGAAAUGACUUUUGGUGGUCGUUAUGUGAUUAUGAUGAUGUCACUCUUCUCUAUUUAUACUGGUUUGGUCUAUAAUGAGUUCUUCUCUGUGCCCUUUGAAUUAUUUGGUCGCUCAGCUUAUGCUUGCCGCGAUCUCUCUUGCCGAGAUGCGACUACUGUUGGUUUGAUUAAGGUUCGCGACACUUACCCCUUUGGAGUGGAUCCUGCAUGGCAUGGUAGCCGUAGUGAGCUGCCAUUCCUGAACUCUCUGAAGAUGAAAAUGUCAAUCCUUCUUGGGGUGGCUCAGAUGAACCUUGGAAUUAUUUUGAGUUACUUCAAUGCAAUAUUCUUUCGUAAUAGUCUGAACGUCUGGUUCCAAUUUAUUCCCCAGAUGAUAUUUCUGAACAGUCUGUUUGGCUAUCUAUCAUUCCUUAUCAUUGUGAAAUGGUCCACUGGUUCACAAGCUGAUUUGUACCACAUAUUGAUAUACAUGUUCCUGAGUCCUACUGAUGAACUGGGUGAAAAUCAGCUUUUUCCUGGCCAAAAGAUAACUCAGCAAGUGCUGUUAUUACUUGCCCUGGUGUCUGUGCCAUGGAUGCUAUUACCGAAGCCUUUUCUUCUAAAGAGACAACACGAAAAUAGGCACCAAGGCCAAUCCUACGCACCACUUGAAAGCACAGAUGAAACUCUCCUUUCAGUGGCAAAUCAUGAUUCCCAUGGUCAUGACCAUGAGGAAUUUGAGUUUAGUGAAGUCUUUGUGCAUCAACUGAUCCAUACCAUAGAGUUUGUGCUUGGUGCAGUUUCAAAUACAGCUUCAUACCUUCGUUUAUGGGCCCUCAGUCUUGCUCACUCAGAGUUGUCAGUUGUGUUCUACGAGAAGGUUCUUCUUCUUGCUUGGGGGUAUAACAAUAUAAUCAUCCUCAUUGUCGGCAUAAUCGUCUUUAUUUUCGCAACUGUCGGUGUGUUGCUAAUUAUGGAGACCCUCAGUGCUUUCCUACAUGCUUUGCGACUUCACUGGGUUGAAUUCCAGAACAAAUUCUACGAGGGAGACGGUUACAAGUUCUAUCCAUUUUCAUUCGCAUUACUCGAUGAUGAGGAUGAUUGAUGCGAUGCACCGAAUCGAAUACAAAAGAAUGUAUGUUGAAAGGACUUGAGCGUGGAUAGGUAAGAAGUUAUGUUGAUUUUUUCAUUUAAACAUGACGAAAAUUGGGGAUAUAGAUUACCCUAUAUAGUUGGAGUUGAGGAGGUUUUUAUUAAAGCCGCCUAAGGACACGCUGCUUCUUUACCCCUCCAGUUGAUAAAUAGUUUGUUAUUGGAAGCAAUAAAUGGCCUACUGCAUGGGCUGGUAUUUAUAUGUGGUAUUCAGCUAUGUAUGAAAUAUACUUGAUUUAAUUUAUUUUUCUAUUUAAAUUUUAUGAAAAUUUCUAGUUGCUCUGGUUGUAUCAA